AUGCUACCAAUUUGUCAACUCUCCUUCCUUUGGGUGGUGUCUAGUGUUGUUGUUGUUGUUGUUGCUUAUACUGUUCCAGGGUAUGAUUCGUUAAGGAUUCAAUCUUCAAUUGCCAAAAGAGGUAAUCUUAUUGACCCUGUUUAUGAAGAUUUAUCUGCCCCUGAAAUCGAUUUCAUCAAUUCCCAUUUGUCUAAUCUAACAAACUCGACUGGUUCGAAAUGCGACAAAUGCAAAAAAAGAAUCAAAUAUGGAAAGUCCUUGAUUGAGGAGUUUCCAGAUAAGACUCAUUUGGUUAGUUUGUUGCUCUUCAAAUAUUGUUUAAUCAUUAAUAACAAUACAGAGAGCAAAUGUGACAAUAACGAUUUUUUCGUUUCUACAGAUUCGAAAAACUUUGAAGAGUUUGACCAAGACUACGACUCGGGUGUUGCUUCUGGCGUCCUGGUCAACUUUUAUGACAACGACUUUAUUCAAUUAUUGAAGAAUUUUAACGUAUCUAGUGAUUUGGAUUUAGAGUACUACUGCUACUUCAAAGGUAAAGGUGAUUGCGCCUUACCUGAAACAAAAGAUGUUGAUGAAUUUUAUGGUGUUCAAAACUGGUGGCCAGCCAAAGAGCCAAAACACUAUUUCCAGCCAAACUAUACAAACAACACGGAAAAAUUUAAUGUUUUGCAUGUGACAGAUUUUCAUAUCCAAUUGAGAUAUACUUUGGGUGCUGAAGCUAAUUGUACAUCGACCCCUUGUGCCUUGCCUGAAUCCUACAAUAAGGUAUUGCCAGAUGCCAACUACAACUUUACAGAUUACUAUAAAACUUUCCACCCCAAUGAAUCCAUUGCUGGGUUAUCAUUUUACCCCGAUGCCCAUUAUAAUGAAAACAAUACAUAUAUAAAAGGUGAGUAUUACGAUUUUCCAAAGUAUAGAGGUUGGAACUGGAAAAAUGUCCCUGCAACUAGCUUUGGAGCAUACCUUGCCGACUCACCUGAAGUUUUAAUGAACAACUCCUUAUUAGAAAUUGCUCGGGCUAAUGAGGAAAAACAUUUCGAGUUUAUGGUGUUUACUGGUGAUUUGGUUGACCAUGAUGUGAUUCAUUGUUCACCUGCUGUGACGAAAGAAGCCGAGAUUAGAUCAUUUAACUUGAUGAAACAUUAUUUGAACAAUAUACCAGUUUUGCCUUCGUUGGGUAAUCACGAUACUUUCCCGUAUGGCCAAAUAUCGCCCUUAAAAUACGAUUUCAACAACUCAUACCACUGGAACGAGGAGUUGAUGGCCGAUUUAUGGAUAAACAAUGGAUGGUUUAACGAAAGUGAUAGAAAUGAGCUCAAAAGUCACUAUGCUGGAUUUUCAUAUGUGACUAACCGUGGAUUAAAAGUUAUUGGCUUAAACUCAAACUGUUAUUAUCAAAAGAAUUUGUGGUCAUACAUUGAUAUUUCAACAAAUCCCGAUUUAUUUGGUCAAUGGGAGUUUUUAAUUGAGGAAUUAUUAGAAAGUGAAGCAAAAGGUCAGAGAGUUUGGAUAAUGGCACACAUUCCUGUUACGGAUGCGGAUACAUUACCUUUACAAUCACGUAUAUUUGGUAAAAUAGUGGAGAGGUUUUCACCUUAUACCAUUGCAAACAUUUUCUACGGACACACACAUCAAGAUCAAUUUCAUAUUUUAUACUCCUCCAAUACGAGUCAAACAGCUGAAGAUAUCAUCAAUAUGUCCUGGGUUGCGCAAUCAGUUACCCCCUUAACAAACUACAAUCCAUCGUGGAGAUAUUACGAGGUUGAAAAUGAGAGUUUCAAUAUCAUUAAUGCCUACAACUACUACACGCAUUUAAACGAGACAUUUGUUAAUAACGGAGAGGAGCCAAAUUGGCAUUUGGAGUAUUCUGUUCGAGAUCUAUAUGAUCCUGAACACAAGUGGCCUGAGUAUGCACCAUUGAAUGGUACUUUUUGGCAUGAGAAUGUUCUUUUGCAAUUGAAAAACGAGUCAAAUAUAGAGUUUAAUCAGUUGUUUGCCGAUAUGCAAUAUAGAUAUGGACCUGGAGUACCAAAAUGUGCAAAUGGUACAAAAAUUUCCGACAAGUGUUUUAAUGGUAAUUACUGUGUUAUGGGGAAUUUUUACAGUGACGAUUAUCUAAAGUGUUUGAGAAAGUAA